GGAAGUGCUGCAGGAGGCACUGAAGUCACGUGAGGAGUUAUUUUCACAACGAUGCAUUUGUUGCACAGUCCUGACCGUUUUAGCACAUUUAAAGCGUAGAAAUCUGUGUAUCUGUGACAGUUAAAAAGCAAACGAGUUGUUGACAUGGAUGAGGACGGAUUGCCCAUCGUGGGAUCAGGAGUAGAUCUUACAAAGGUUCCAGCCAUUCAACAACGAAGAAUCGUCGCUUUCCUCAACCAGUUCAUCGUCCACACCGUCAGGUUCCUGAACCGAUUUUCCACAGUAUGUGAGGAGAAACUAGCAACAGUAUCAUUACGAAUCCAACAGAUUGAGACCACACUAAGCAUUUUGGAAGCAAAGUUAGCUUCUAUUCCUGGUUUGGAAGAUGUCACAGUGGAUGGAGUGAGAUCAUCUACAGAGACAAACGGUCCUGCUGCGGCUGGCAGUCAUGCCACGGGCCCCACUUUAGGUCCCCCUGUUGAGGCAUCUAGGCAAGUACAAGUGGCCCCUCAGGAGCCGAAAGCAGAGGCCCCAGCGGAAAAUGUGAUGACUGUAGCCAAGGACCCGCAAUAUGCCAGAUACCUGAAAAUGGUGCAAGUGGGUGUUCCAGUCAUGGCCAUUAAAAAUAAGAUGGUAAUGGAGGGUUUGGACCCUGGUUUGCUAGAUACUCCUGAUGCACCUGUUCCAGAUGAAGGCAAAAAAGGAUUGGAAGAGCAAGAUGAUGACAGCUCAGGCAGCGAAUCAUCUUUCAGCGAUUGAUCAGCUCCGCCCCUCACGGCUAAUGAGCGUUUUGUUGGACUUGUGUUGAGCCUUGCUCAUCUCAAAGGAGGGUAAAUGCACUUGAAUGUCCUUACAGAGGACAGACACUUAGUGAUGGCACUAAGUUUGUUUUACAUCUCAGAGACGGCAUACUUGACAUCUAUAGUGAUGGUUUCUGAGGGCACUUGCUCACUAGGUGAGAUUGCUAAUGAUUGUGAUGAUAAUUGUGAUGAUUGUGAUAACAUACUGGUCAAAAAUGUAUAGCCUGUAAGUCACUUUGGAUAAAAGCGUCUGCUAAAUGCUAAAUUAUUAUUAUUAUUAUUAAUUAUUAUAAUUGGUCAAUUUAAGUCUAAGUGCUACUUUCAUGUGAAUUGUCAUGAAUAUCUCAUCUCUUGCCUGACAUGUACAUGUUAAAUGCCUAGUAUGUACAUCUAAUAACAAUAAAAAGAUGCAGUGAGUGUUUUUAUGAAGUAGAUUUUUAUGAAAUCAGCCUUGUAAAUCUGUUCAUAAAUUGAAUGUAGCGGAGUAAUUUUUUUAAAUGUUUGUAAAUUUAACUUUAGUUGCAACAAUCUUAAACUGACUU